CGGCCAACCAAACAGGUAAAGCGGCGGUUUCGCUGUGUCGCCGCGGCGCAUGAGCGCGCUUCGGGCGGUCGGGUUCAGUCAAAGCACUGCUCACGGCCUGAAUGAAGAGUUGCUGGAGCAGCACAGGAAUCGCAUACACCGCCACCAGGAGCAAGGCGUGUUCCCCGGCUUUGCAGAAGGAGCGAUCGUGGAUGGCAAGAUCGCGUUUCUGAAUCUAUGUGGAUUUACCGACAAGAGCAAGAAGCACAAGAUGUCGGAGCGCACGCUCUUCAGAGGGUAUUCUAUGAUGAAGCCCAUCACCGCAACUGCCUUUAUGACACUGGUCGAUGAAGGAACAGUGGGUCUCGACGACCCGGUGCAUCGAUACAUCCCAAGCUUCAAAGACCUCAGGGUGUUUUGUCCGCGUAGCAAUCCACUGGCAUGUGAAGGACAAAAUUGGAAGUUCCGUGUGUUUGUGGACUGUGGCGCCCUCGAAUUCGGAACCCACAGAUUCGACCAAUUCAAUCUACGGAUGUCCAGACUUUGCAGGGUGCUGGGUGGCAGACUUCUAGCAACCUCAGUAGCCGAGGGGCGCAAUGUGUGUGUGUGUGGGUGCGCGGACGAGUCGUGCCUUUUGGGCUUCGGAAUUUCGAGACAGUUUCAAGAAGCUUUUUCACACUUAGUCUUUGAAAAUAGUGAUAGUCACACCUCGGCAAGUCAAGUCUGAGACCAAGCCCGUUUGCGUCGAGGUUUUGAAGAAGAACGGCGGCACUGAUCCGCUGCGGCAGACCAUGACGCUGCGGCACUUGCUCAUGCACACCUCAGGUUUCGGGUAUGGACCCGGCGCCAUCACGCCGGGCGUGCCGCUGGUGGCGAGAUCCGAUCAGGAGAAGCUCUACAAGGACAUCACCGUGAAGCAGGAAAGCGGCGAAAUCGACACGCUGGAGAAGCUGUGCGUGGAGCUCUCACGCUUGCCACUUCUUCAUCAGCCUGGGAGCGACUACACUUACGGCAUGAGCUUCGACGUUCUUGGCCAUGUUAUGGAGCUUGUGCUUGGAGAACCACUGCAUCAGAUCAUCCGGUCUCGUGUCCUAGCGCCAGUGGGAAUGCGGGAUGCCUGCUUCCUGGUUCCUCAGUCCAAGAUCCCAACACUUGCGGGCUACUUCCGGCUCAUGCGGGACGAGGCGAGCGGCGAACGCUGGCUGGAGCGCUUGGACGGCGCGCAUGGGAGAGACAGCAUGUACGUGAAGGGCUCCAAGGCGGCGUACGGCUCCAAGGGAGUUCCAGCGGCCGGGGGCUUGUGGGGCGCUGGGCGCUCUACAAUGCUCUUCUCCCUGCGCGACGUGCUGCUCUUCUGCCAGAUGCUGCUGAAUGGUGGGCGCGCGGUUUCCGGGCACCGCGUUCUCAAGGAGUCCACCGUCCAGUCUUUGCUGACGAACUGGUUGCGCCUGAAGCGGGCCUGCAAGCAGCCCAGCCCGCCGGGCUGGGGUAGCGAAGAUGUGGGAUGGUCGCCUUUGGGCAACAUCGAGAGGUACGGCCCGCACGCUGGCGCUCUGUACAUGGGAGGAUGCACAGUCGAAGCUCGAAGGCAUGAGCUACUUCUGGCUGGACCCGCGAAGGAAGAUGGGGGCGGCCAUCAUGACGGAGACCUAUUGGCAGGUCAACCCCUUGGGCUGGAAGGCAAACCUGGAUGACUUAGAGCAGGUGCUCCAGAGGGCCGCCCAGCAGAAGACGACAAAGAAAAGGAAACAUGAAAACGCUGAAGCUGCGACCCC